UCGAUUGGUUCCACAUUCUAGGGUUCUAAUUCGAUCCAUUCAUAUUCUCUGAUCUACUCGAUUCAAUAACAUCAAUUCGUCGGCUUUUGAUCCAUUUGGGCCGUUCGCAUUGCGGAUCUCUUAAUUCUUUGAUUUGUUUUUCAUCCGACAACUGAAUGAUCUAAUGGAGUCAAAAGCUGGCAAGAAGUCUGGUAGUAAAUCGUUUAUUUACGAAGCUCCCCUAGGUUACGGGAUCGAAGACGUUCGACCAAACGGAGGGCUCAAGAAGUUCAAAUCUGCUGUUUACUCUAACUGCACCCGCAAGCCGUCCUGAGUUCUUGCAUCCGUGCUCCAUAACCCCUAGAUAGAAGUGUUCGGUUCUAUUAUUUUGCUACAGUCUUUUCUUUAUUCCUACCCCCUUGUUCUUCAUUUCCUCUCUUUGCAACAAAACUUUCCAAGGCAAGAUGGCAUCGAUGGUAUCUGCCAUUGGAUUUGAAGGCUUUGAAAAGAGGCUAGAGAUUUCUUUUUCCGACAAUGAUGACUCUGCUUAUCCUGGAGGCAGAUGCCUGCGUUCUUUGACCAAGGACCAACUUGAUGAAAUUCUGGCACCGGCUGAGUGCACCAUAGUUUCUUCGCUGUCCAACGAUUCACUGGAUUCUUAUGUUCUUUCGGAAUCCAGCCUCUUUGUUUAUCCCUAUAAGAUCAUCAUCAAAACCUGUGGCACCACAAAGCUACUUCUCUCGAUCCCACCUAUACUGAAAUUAUCUGGUGAACUGUCCCUUAGUGUCAAAUCUGUAAGGUAUACUCGUGGAAGCUUCAUAUUUCCUGGCGCUCAGGUUUAUCCUCACCGUAGCUUCACUGAAGAAGUAAUGGUCCUUGAUAGCCACUUUGGAAAGCUUGGCAUGGGGAGCGAAGCAUAUGUCAUGGGCGGCAUUGACAAAAAUCAGAAAUGGCACGUCUACUCUGCUUCAGCCGAAGCCGCAAUCCCUGCUGCACCAGUUUACACUCUAGAGAUGUGCAUGACUGGUUUAAACAAGAAGAAGGCAUCGGUAUUUUUCAAGUCUAAGUCAAGCUCUGCAGCUGUGAUGACUGAAGAUUCAGGGAUUAGGAAGAUCCUUCCAGAAUCGGAGAUAUGUGAUUUUGAUUUUGACCCAUGUGGGUAUUCUAUGAAUGCUAUAGAAGGGGAGGCGAUCUCUACCAUUCACGUGACACCAGAAGAUGGGUUCAGUUACGCGAGCUUUGAAGCAGUGGGUUACGACUUGAAAACCAUGGAUUUGGGUGCUUUGAUUGAAAGGGUGUUGGCUUGCUUUGAGCCUAGUGAGUUCUCUGUAGCUUUGCAUGGAAAUGACUUGAAAGAUGUUAACUUGGAUGAAAGAAAUCAUCCGAUUGUGAAAGGGUACGGUGUCGAAGAAUCGAACUUUGGAGUUCUUGAGGGUGGACGAGGGGGUUCGAUGGUGUACCAUGGGUUUUCAAGGGGAGGAAGUUGUUGCGGGUCUCCGCGGUCAAUUCUGCGAAACUGUUGGAGUGAAACUGAAACUGAGACUGAGGAUGAGUGAAGGGAAGGGAAGAGAAGGCGGUUGGCAAUGAGAAGUGAGAUGGUUUCUGUCUAGUGUGGUUGUGGUGUUGAUGAAGGCACCCAGAUGGUCUGUGCAUCUGGGUGAGUGAAUUUGGUAUAUUUACUAUUUCUGGUCCUUUUU